CAUCACGUUCUUUCGACAAAUUAUAUUUGUGUAUUUUUUUUUUUUUUUGACGACAGCGUGCGAUUAAAAUAUCAAAUAUACAAACGUGCGCGUGCCCUUUUACAGUUUUGUGAUCCGAACGUUUAUUGUUAAGUACUGCCUAUUUUCUUUUUUUCGAAAUGGGUCGCAGCCUAGCUCUGUGGACCAAGACCUUGAGCUUCCCGUCCAGAAACUCGCCCAACAAGUCUUCCAAGCACAGCAUCACCACUUCCAUCAACACCUCCUCGUGCAACAUUUUCGCACCCCCCGCCACGCCGACCAAAGACAAAACCCCCAUGUCUUCGCCCGACGCGUCCGACAGCGAGAAGGAGAAGGACAUUAUGGCUUCCACCGUGUAUUGUAUCCAUCACAAGGAGGGGUGCAAGUGGACCGAUCAGCUCAAGCGUUUGAAGGGUCAUUUGCAAACUUGCAAGUUCGACGCUACGCCAUGCACCAACCACUGUGGGGCCCAGAUUGCUCGCAUACUCAUGGACGAUCACGUGAGGUACACGUGCGUGGAACGUCUUAUAAAGUGCGAUUACUGUAACGGGGAAAUGAAAGGCGAAGCGGCCGGCGAGGAGCACAGCCGGACUUGCCCGGUGGAGCCCAUUCACUGCGAGGCCAAGUGCGGCGUCAAGAUACCCCGGAGGAUGUUGGCCAAGCACAAGGUGACCGAAUGCUCGAAAAGACUGGUACCGUGUCGCCAUUGUGGACGACAAUUCGUGGCCGACACGAUGAAUUCACACACGACCUCGUGCCCGCGGUAUCCCGUCCCUUGCCCGAACAGGUGCGAGACGGCCACCGUGGCCCGAGAAGACUUGGAACAUCACAUAAAGCUCACGUGCAACUCCACGUUGCAGUCGUGUUGUUUCAAAGACGUCGGAUGCCGUUUCAAGGCUUUGAGAGGAAAACCCAUGGAUGCGCACAUGGAAGAGGCCGGCCAACAGCACAUGACACUCAUGUGUGCGAUGGUCGCCAAACAACAGCAGCAAAUUGUGUCCAUGAAAAAAGUCAUUAAUAACAUGGCCGUUAACCAAUCGGGUACUCUAAUCUGGAAAAUCAGUGAUGUCCUAGAGAAACUGGAAGAAGGCCGACAUAAGUUGUGUGGCGACGGACUGGAGCUGAUCGGCUCGCCGUUCUAUACCAGUCAGUUUGGGUACAAGUUACAAGCGUCUGUGUUUUUGAACGGCAACGGAUCUGGCGAGGGCACACACGUAUCGGUGUACAUAAAAAUCCUGCCGGGAGAAUUUGAUGCUCUACUGAAAUGGCCGUUUUCACAUUCAGUGGCGUUUACAUUGUUUGACCAAAGCGAAAAGCCAUGCAACAUAGUAGAAAGCUUUGUGCCUGAUCCAUCCUGGGAAAAUUUCCAACGGCCAAGCACACAACCGGAUUGUCUCGGAUUUGGUUUUCCAAAAUUCGUGUCGCAUGAUACAUUACUGAAAAAGAGACAGUUUAUCAAAGAAAACACACUAUUUCUUCGUAUCAAAGUAGAUCCAAGUAAAAUAAUUGCUGUAUAAAAAACCAUAUUAUACACUCUCUUCUAAGUAAUGACAUUUUUUUAAACAAAUUUGUUGAUCUCAUUAAAUGUAUGAAAAAAAAGUCAUGUUCAAUAUAAAUGGGGUUAUUCCCCCAACUCCCAUAAAUUUCUGGUAAUGUACAAACAAGUAGAUUAUUUAUGUUGAAUCUAUUUUUUAUUUUAUUUAAGGUUUAUGUUUUUUUUUCUUAGUUUUUCUUUGUAUCUUUUUAUAAAGUAAUUUGUUUUUCUUUCUUUGUUUUUUUUUUUUCAAGAACGCUGUACCAAAAUAAUAAACUAGUUUUUUAGUA